CAAGCAGCCCAGCGUAACGAGAUUCGAACGUUUCAACGCUUCAAACAAAAAACAAACCAAAAUCACUCGUCUUCCUCCUCUCCUCCCCCCACUCCACUCCCCGCCUCCCAAACCCCAAUGCGGACCUGCUUCCUCGCCACCGACUACUUCUCGCCGUCGCCGGCGGCGGCCUCCUCCCCGGACCAAGCCCUAUCCCUAGCGGCCCUGCGCUUCCCCCCUCUCCCCGUCCCGUCCCUCCCUCCCGACCCCCAAUUCCGCUUCCCCAUCCCGUUCCCCGCCGUGGCCGACCUCCCCGCAGCCAGCAUCCCCGGCGACGACCUCGACUCGCUCCCCGUAUCCUCCGCGCUAUCCGCGUUCCUCGCCGCCGUCAUCCCGCAGGUCCGGCCCGCGCCAACCAUCCCCGCCCCCGCCGCCGACGACGACGAGCUUGGGUGCUUCGCGCAGGGAUUGCUGGAUGACUACAUCUACGGCAGGGGCGUGUACGGCAGCAAGGGGUUUAGCGCGAGGGCGUCUGCUGCAUCCAAAACCCCCGAUGGGUCUGCUGGGGACGGAGAGGGAACCAUAUCAGACAGACCGGUGACCUCCGCCGACACGGAGGGAUGGGACCUGCUGAAGGAGCUCCAGUUCGAGGUGGCAGAGGUCGAUCUCCCUCAGAUGCUGGAAGAACACGUUGCUUCCUCCGUUGGCGACGAGUCGUCGGGUGGUGGUGUCACCGUACGGUUCCGCGUUCCAGACGUCAAAAUCCGCCUGGAUAUCAUUCAAACUGACACUGAGAUGACUUUAAGAUAUCCAACUGAACUUGCGGACUCAAUUUAUCAAGUAGAAAAAAUCCCUGUGAAGCAUAAUGAUGAGGCAGACCAUUUCUCUGCAACAAAUGUUAACUUGUCAGAGAUUGCAGCAUUUGAUUGUGGUGCAAAAAUACCACAAUUGGAGGUUUGUAGGAAUUCCUGGGAGCUUGAUGAGUGCCCAACCAAGGCAGAGAUAUCCAGUAUUUUUCAUAACCUUGUUGAGCACUUGAGUGAAGCACAGGUUCAGCAUUCAGCGUUUAAAUCAACAGAGUUCUCGAGACCAAUUGAUAUUGAUAUGCUGGCCUUGGUUGCCAAAGAUGCACCAUCUGCAGACUAUCAAGUAGAUGAACCAACAACAGUCAGGGAUGCAGUAGAAAUGGAUCUUGUGAGGAUCAAUGGUAAUAUUCUGGUGGACAGAAACUCAGCAUUAUACCCUCUCAAGCCUGAUGGGACUUGCUCAGACUUGCCGUGCUCAAUGUUGUUAGAAGAAGUCCAGAUCAUUGAUUUUCCUUCAGAUGAUGUCUCCAAAACGCUUGUUCAGUCAGAGACAGCUGAGCUGAGUACAUCUGAUGAAAUAUUCAAAGACGACUUUGAUCCAGCAAGACGUUUCUAUGAAUCAGUGGUUAGCUCUGAGUUGGUACUGGUUGACGAUGCAUUCAUAUCAUUGCCUACACCUAUUUUAACUGAUGAUGAUAUGACCCUGAGAUCUAUGAUUCCCUCCAUGGGAGAAGUACUCGGCUCUCUGAAACCACAUUCUCUCUCUUCAGCUGACGGAAUUUAUUUGGACUGGCAUCUUCUAUUGGAAAGUCCAUGCAACCGGGAGAUCUGCUCUACUUAUGCAAGCAUGGUUGAGGAGGUAAAAAGUUGCCAUUCAAAUUCUGAGCUGCAAGUCAGUUGCCAGGAGACAUCAGCACCCAGCUUUGAUUUUCUUGAGUAUUUUUGGAGAAGUGCAAAGAACCAAGAUGAGGACAAGCAGAAAAAUAUUUAUGUUCCAGCCCAUGAUGAUCCACCUGCUGUAGUGGAAACAGCUCAGAAAUACAGACAAGAAUUUGAUACUGGAGGCCACAGCCACAUGGAAAAGUUGAGUUCAAAAAAGCCAGCUUCCUUAUUCGAGUCAAAGUCGCAAUCGAAUGACCUGAACUUCUACUUGAAUGUCAGAAGCGGCACCAAGAGAGGAGCUAAUGAGUACAGUGUUUCUACUUUAGAUAUCCCCACUUUGAAAGAGCAAGCAGCUCCUUCUUCAACCAUGCCUAAAGUUGAAAAGCUCAUAGAAAUUCAUCCUGUCAGCCUCUCAGAUUCUAUUCGAGUCCUUAUUAAACACAUCCAUAUAAGUUAUACUUCUGCUUUGCAAGAAAGUGCAUCUUUGAGGCAUACUUUCUCCGAUGGGCAUGGUUUAAGCAUUUCGAAGCAGAAACUUCUUGGACUGAUAACUGGAGAAGGUUCAGAUGGCUUCUAUAAUCACUGUAAAUACGAAGAUAAGAUGGAACUCAUGGUACUGUAUGGACUAAAACAGGUUGCAUACUACCUCUGUUUCUUUGGUUUGCAUGCUGCCCAUAUGUACAUAAGCAACCUGAUUGGAAGUUUUGAAAAUAUUCCUGAGAGGUUAAGGCAUGUUCAUUGUCUCAUCGGUGAAGCACGGUGGAAAGCCGAGAAGCACCAGUUUGACUCCCAUCCAUCAUUAUUUGACAUUGAGAAAAUCCUCAGAUCUAAUACUCGGACAAACCAAAAGAUCCUUAUAGUUGCCGACAGAGCUUUCUGGGUGCCAUUGGGUCAUAAAUUAACUUCACUGAAGAUGACAUUUGGUGAACUAGGAAAAGACCCUGAUGCAGCUUAUCUAGAUCAGGUGAACAAGGCGAAUUCUAAAACUUCGGUGCUGGGAGGAUUAGCGAAAUCAGACUGCAUUCUGCUAGAUAACAAGGACAUUCCAGCUUCAUUCCCUUUCAGUGAGUUUGGCAUCGUACUGGAAUAUGGGGGUCCAAAUAAAUCAUCUACUUUGUUGUCUCUGGCUCCUAAAUUAGAUGGUUUUCCACCACUGCAUUUCCUCUAUGUCAAAGUGGAUACUGAAGACUCUUCGAUUGCACUUGUGGAGGACAAUCCUACAGAGCAAGAUUUGAAAGCCACAUUGGAUACAGUUUUGCAUACACUUCAGAAGGAUCUGCAAGAGAAGAUGAACAAAAUGCGUAUUGUUGAUUCGUUGAACUUCAUACCAGCAACUAAUCCACUGCAAGGACUGCAGGAAAAUCUAGUCAAACAUCUCACUGCUGAUUCAACAAUAAGCUUCCCGGCAGAUGAUCAACAGCUCAAACUAGAAAAUCUGGAGAAAAAGAAUACUGCUGAUGCACCUAAUUUUGUGCCUGUAGCUGAACAGCGGCCCCAAGAGGAAAUUUUGAGCAAAAGAGAUAUUCUUGAUCCACAAAAUUUUGUGCCUGCAGUUGACAAGAGCAGCUCUACUUCUUCCGUGUCUGCAAAUGUGAUGAAAGCCCCGCAAGACAAUCUAUCUGCUACUGACUUGCCUUCCAGUGUAAAAGUUGGCAGCAUCUUAUCAGGAAGAUUGUCUACCCCAGAGGCGGUGAUUGUUGUAAAUACUGGAAGUCAUGGAAAGAGUAUGCUUUUCUCCCGUAGAUCAUCUUAUCAGCAGAUACUAUCUUUGGAGAAAGGAGGAAUGCAGGUUGUGGAACGAGACAUUGAUCUUCCUGUGGACCUAAUACUCAGUGCUUCAGAUUGCUUAGUAUGGUGUGAGACCAAACUCUUUGGGUGCAGUGAAUUCUCAAUGCCAACUGAGACAUCUAGUAUAACAAAUUUUGUAGAGACCAUUGCGACCAAUAUUCUGAUGUCAAUUAGCUUCUGUUUCAGUGGCUGCAUAAUGGUCUUUGAAGGAGAACCUCACUCCCUUGCUGCUGUAAUGGAAUCAUCCGAUUCUCUAUAUGCUGCAGCUGCUAGUCUGGUCAUGAACUUGCAGCUAUUCUUCUCACACACUCCCAAGUCAACAGAUGAGAUAAUUCUUAGUUGCAUCAGAAAGGUGGCUAGGUUAAAUAGAGCUCCUCUAGAUAUACCUGAAUCAGAAAGCUUAGCUGAAUCAUUUCUCACAAAAUUUCCUUCAAUCAACCCCUUGUCUGCAUACAUAAUACUUUCUUCUGGAGGCAGCCUCGUGGAGUUCCUCAGUUGGUCACAUGAGCGUCGCAUUCAGGCUGUUGGAGAGCAUCUGUUGUCUCCACAGAGCAUUUCUCUGUUCAGUGCUUUAUGCAAAUUUGGUGAGCUAGGUGAAUCUAGGUCUGUAAUGACCGAAUGCUCUUCUGUAGAUUCAGACAUCUGCAGUGCAUUGCUGCAGUCUCCAAGGAAGAGGAGAAAGUGUGCCCCACAAGCUUUUGCAGUACCAACUAGUGAUCCUCUAUGUCUCGAUCCUCUAAACCAAUUGCCUGGUGACUAUGUAGAACAUGACAAUGUAUUCUCACCGCCCAAGUUGAGGAGGUUCUCUGACAUGGAGGAUGCAACACCUCACCUCCGAGAGGCCUUCAUGUUCGACCAAAGUUUGAGUAGGGGAGGCGAGGGUGUCUCUUGUCUUCCAAGAAAGCAUGGCGUUGAUGCAAUGAUUCACAGUCAGAUAAUGGGUGAUCCUUUCAGCAAUGAAUUGAGUAGAGAUACGAGGACAUAUGAUAGAAGGGCCAGCGGUAUGGUUGACACACACGACUUCUCUUGGCAGCCUGAAUUCCGGGGUAAAGAACCAAUGAAAAGCUCUUAUCCUGCAAGCGAACCAUCAUUCAGCAGAACUUACAGCCAUCCAGUAUUUCCCACUGCAUUGGAGAUCAACGACGAUACUGGUGACUGGGACUUCUCAGCAGGUACACAUCACACUUUGAAGGGUCAUGUACAUGGUGAUACUUCCACACUCUCUCGCAGAUAUGACGAUGUGGGCAGCAGAUACCAUGAACCACGAGAGGAAAUGAUGCAGAGUCAAGGGGGCUCGCUUGAUUUUCUGAAACAGGAUGUUGGCUCUCAUGCGGCUUCACAUGGUUCAGGCUGGGAAAUCGAUUAUCUAAGGCAAAUGAACGAGAAUAGGAAAGCACGCCAGGAGAGAUCAUCAGGAAUGAUGUCAAACUCGAGAAUGAGGGAUGGAGCCUCUGAGAUUCGAAGUCCUCCAUCAAUUGAAUCCUUCAGAUACCGAGGAGACAGGGAUACUCCUUCGAGGGGGCGGAGCCUUACUAUUGGGACUAGAUACCGAGGAGAUAGAGAUACUCCUUCAAGGGACCGGAGCCCUCCUGCUGGGACUCACCGUUAUGGGAAGGCCAGAGAAGGAACUAAAGCACAUACCCAGGGGGCCAGAAAAUAUUUCAAGGUGCAGCCAAGUGCAAGUCAGGAACGCAGGAUACAGCCGUCCAUCGACCCAUCAUGGACUCCAGUUGACAAAAGAGCGAGACAGAAACUUUCGUUUGCAACAGACGGGAAGGAAAAACAAAGCAAGCUGAUCUGGAGAAACCAGAACAGCCCUGGUAUCGGGUGCGGCUUCCGGAAAAGAUACCGGGAGGAAGGUACGUAGAUUAGAGGUCCUUGGUCGUUGAUCCAAGCUACUGAUGUCUUAAUUAGUAUGUAUAUAUCCCAUGAAGUUAUGUCUUCGCAGCAGUUUCGUGAACUUUGUUGGAGGUAGAAUGUGCACAAGGUACACAAUGUUGUCAGUCAAGCCACAGUUUGUUCUAAAACAUUGCCGGAACCACUGAAUACCGUAUCAUUGUUUCCUCGUUUAUAAAUAGAGGGGAAAUGGAAAAUUAUUGUCCUGUUCAA